AUGAAGGUCUUCCCUCUCUUUGUCGUUCUCCUUGCCGGAGCUGCCAGUGCCGCGGACGUCAAGUGCCACUGCGGCUCCAAGGAUAUGCGGUCAAGAUGCUGCACGGCUUACGGCGGCAAGGAAAGUGGUGACUUCUGUAUUUUCAAGAAUCCUACCAGCACCAUCAGGGCUGCGUUUGUGAACUGCUGCCCCGUCGGUUAUAACCAUUAUUGUUAA